AUGACAUUCACUCAUGCAUGUUGAACAUCUUGUAAGGGUUAGUUGUUUUGCAGUUACUUCUAUAAACAUCUAUCAAUAGCAGAAACUCUUUAAGCAAAAUGUUCUUAACAAUAUGAAUUGAGCCCUUGUUGACAAAGGUCCAAAAGUUGCACAACAAUUUCCUAUGAACAUUGCUCUUAAAUAUGAAGAGACGGAGUCUUCAAUUUAACACAUGAGGGUUUGAUACAUGAGGAAAACUUUCCUAAUAAUUUUUUUGGGUACUUAUGUUGUAUGGAUAGAUUUCGUAAUAGAUUGUCUUGUAUCUUUGUUUUACAUAAUAGAUUUCUUGAUACAUUUUCUUGUAUAUGUUGUAUCGAUAAAUAUCCCAAUGCAUUUUCUUGUAUCUAUUUCAAAUUAAUAGAUUUCCCAAUCAAUUUUCUUGUAUCUAAAUGGAUAAAUUUCCUAAUCCUAAACGAUUGUCUCUGGUAUCUAUGUUCUAUUAAUAGAUUCAGUAUGCUGUGGUUCAACAGUGAUAGACAGCUCCUAUCAGACAUGUUGCUUUAACGGUGUAGAGUACGCCCCAAGGGUCGGUCUUGGGUCCUGCUGCGGAGCGGACAAGCUCUUCAAUCCAGAGACCGAUAUGUGUUGUGAACGACACCAGCCCAACCCUGCCAGUGAGGUUCAUGUGAUUGGUCAGGACGCAGUGAUAGAUGGAGACUUUGAAUGUUGCGGACUGACUGCUAUCAAUACCACAAAGACAAGAUGUUGUAAUCAGGCCCAGAAAGAUAAAACUCCCUACAACGACUGCUGCGGCGGAACGACCUUUGACACUCGCUCACAAAUCUGCUGCGAGGACACAGUAAGAGAUCUGACAGAUGGAGAAACAGAGUGCUGUGCCACCAACGCUUUUAACCCAGCCAAUAAGGUGUGCUGUGGGUUUGGUACAAACAGAGUUCUAUACGACAUUGGUCAUGGAAGUUGCUGCCGUGCUACGCCAUACAGCAGUUCGCUGGACUCAUGUUGCUAUGGAAAGAUCCAUCAUGUCCCUAAGAUUAAUGAAGUACAAGGCUGCUGUAAGCAAGAGUCGUAUCUCAAGACUGAUCAAGUGUGCUGCGAAGGAAACCUUCAUGAUAGACAGCCAGGGAUGCAAUGCUGUGGGAGAGAGCUGUACAACACAACCUCUGAGCUGUGCUGCGGUAACACCACCAUACCACGAUCAACCCCGUCCCUCCAGUGCUGUGGGAACACCAGCUACGACACUCUCCAAGAAACCUGCUGUCACCACGUUGGUCAAAGCUUCACGGGCCUGAAUCUGUCUUGCUGCUACUCCACCCGAUUCACCACAGUAGAUGUAUAUAAUCCUCUGACUCAGACUUGUUGUCGUGGAAGAAGAGAUGGUAUGUUUUAA